AUGGACAAGAACCAUAUUCCUUCUUCACCAAAGUUUAUCUUUGAUGCAAGUGUUGAUAAUGUGAAGGAGAAAGAAUCAGCGAAAUCAGUUGCAGAUAUCCGAGCGUUGCUUGAUUUGAACAAGUUACCUUUUGAUGAAGGGCGACUCCAUCCCGAUCAUGAGAUGCAUUGUUUAAUCCGUAUCAUGUUGAAAGUAAGUCGUGCCCAUAUGGAACAGCAAAUCGCCAAAUUAAAAGUAUUGGUGAGGGAACUUUUGACAUCAACUGCAGCUGGUUUAUCCCAUCAGCUGAAAUUCAUUGAUGACAUCCAGCGCUUAGGAGUGUCAUACCAUUUUGAAACAGAAUUAGCAGAAGCGCUGGAAAAUAUUCAUGCCCGACUACAUGAUGGUGAUCUAGACCUAUACAAUGAGUCUCUUCGUUUUCGUCUAUUAAGACAACAUGGAUAUAAUAUCUCAUCUGGAGAUAUAUUCAAGAAAUUCAAAGAUGCAAAUGGCAAUUUCAAGGAGAGCUUAAUUGCUGAUGUUCCGGGGAUGCUAAGCUUGUAUGAAGCAACGCAUCUUAGGGUUCAUGGAGAAGAAAUAUUAGAAGAGGCUCUUGUUUUCACCACCAAUCACCUUGAGUUGGCGAUGAGCCAAGUAAGCUAUCCACUAAAAGCACAAAUAUCUGCAGCCCUAGAAAGACCUUUGCGGAGAAGUCUAGAGAGACUGUCGGUCAGGAAUUACAUAACAAUCUACCAAGCCACGACUUCGCAUAAUGAAGCAUUACUGAAACUCGUAAAGCUAGAUUUCAAUCUGCUGCAAUCUUUACACAAAGAGGAGCUUAGUGAGGUUACCAGGUGGUGGAAGGAGCAAGAUUAUGAAAGGAAGAUCCCUUUUGCAAGGCAUAGGAUUGUGGAGUGUUUCUUUUGGAUGGUGGGAAUGUAUUAUGAACCUCAAUACUCGGCUGCGAGAAAGAUUGGAUCAAAAUUAUGCACUUUUGCUACAAUGUUGGAUGAUGUCUACGAUUCAUAUGGGGGCACAGUCGAAGAACUCAAGAUAUUUCGUGCAGCAAUGGACAGGUGGGACGUCAACUGUUGCAUGGAUGGUCUACCACCAUACAUGAUAGGAUUUUAUCAUUCACUUCUGGAUAUGAUGAAUGCGAUUGAAGAAGAGCUGGAAAAGCAAGGACUAUCAUACCGAGUCCAAUAUGCAAAACAAGUUCUGAAAAAUCAAGCCAGAGACUACCUCGUUGAGGCCAAAUGGCUCCAGGAAGAAUGUACCCCAAGCAUGGAGGAGUAUAUGCCUGUGAGAACACGUUCUGCUGGUUCUUGUAUGACUAUAGUGCUAUCUUUACUUGGAAUGAACGAUAAUAUUCCCAAGGAAACAUUUGAGUGGAUUCUGAAGUACCCUAAAAUUAUUAGGGCUGCGAGCCUCAUUUUCAGGCUCAUGGAUGACAUUGAGGGGUGCAAGAGUGAGAAAGAACAAGGGGAUGUUGCUUCUAGUAUUGAUUGCUACAUGAAGCAAUAUAGGGUCUCAGAGGAAGAGGCAAUUGAUGUGUUUAACAAACAAAUCGUGGAAGCAUGGAAGGAUAUAAAUGAAGAUUUACUUCAACCAAUUGCUAAGCCAAUGUAUGUGCUAAAGCGCGCUCUUAAUUUCACAAGAAACGUUGAUGUGGUCUACAAAGGAGAAGAUGGCUUUAAAUAUGUUGGGAAAGUAGUAAAACAAGGUGUCGCUGCACUUUUCGUUGAUCCCUUGCCACUCGAAUGAACUUCUGUGCUCUGUGCAUGCUGCAUUCCCUAUGUGUAAUAACAUAUAUAUGAGAGAAUAAUAGUCUUUUACUCUCUCAAAAAUAAGAUGAUCAUUGUGUUGCUGCUGUUGCUUUGGUUGAGCCUUUGUAACCUUUGUUGUGCCAUGUUGUAUUGGUAGCUG